AAGGUUUUUCUUAUUGUUCAUUCCAUACUUGACUUUGCACUUACAGAGGAACUUCCGGACAAUUGGAGUGAUGCAUCUGAUGUACUACAGUUGCAGUUGUUAGACCGUUCCUUCGUUUUUCCUGGUGAGCAGAUUCAUAUAUUGGUAUGCUUAUCAGCAUCAAAGCAGGACACAGACAUCAUUACUCCAUUUAGAGUUGCUGCAGUGAUGUCUAAAAAUAGUAAAUCUAGUCAGAUUGGAAACCAGCAAAAGAAAAUUUUAGGGAUUAAAUCCAGUUCUGCCAGUGGGGAGGGUGAUGCCAAUGGCACACAUGAAGAAACUACUCAUCAAAAUAUAAAAGAUGACGGCACACAUGAAGAAACUACUCAUCAAAAUAUAAAACAUGAUGGGGAAACUGUAUCAACUGGAAACGAGAUGACUCCUCGACGAUUUAUCUCCACAACCAAAUCUCUCCUUAGGAUGGAAGAUCAUAAGCAGCAGACUGAAAAUUUGUUGGAAAUAUUUGGAAAUUCUAAUUUCUUUGUUAGAGUUGCCCAGUCAGGUGAACCACUUUGGUGUAAAAGAAAUGUACCAGAACAAUCCUUGGUGAAUUCUGAUAUGGCUGGGAGAAGCUUCCAGUCAAUUGGAGGAUCAUUGAAGAUUUCAACAAGCCUUCUUAAUGCAGUUGUUGAUAAGGGAAAGUUUGAUGGUAAUACAUCUGGUGGACUGGCUCGAGAUACCGUCAAAUGCUACUCUUUGUGCAAUGGUGACAUAGUGGUUCUUCUACAGGUGAAUGUUGGAAUUAGCAAUAUAAAGGACCCUGUUCUUGAGGUUCUUCAAUUUGAGAAGUACCAAGGUAGCAAUUCUGUUUCUGAUAACUUCAACAGUUCACCUGUUCCAAAGCAUGAGGAUCCGUGUAACGAGCUGCUUAGCUGGUUGCUCCCUUUGGAUCGCACUCUAUCUCCUCCACGUCCAUUAUCGCCUCCUUUAAGCUCAAGUGCGUCUCAAAAAACAUAUACAUCCCCUGGUUCACAAAUUUUUUCUUUUGGUCAUCUUAGAAGCUACUCUAUGCCUUCACUUCCUCAAGUUUCUGGACCACCUUCAUCUGCUAUUCCUCCUUCCAACUCAAGACCAGCAUUUGAUCUUGAAGAUUUUGACCACUUUUCACCAGAGAAGUCAAUAAGGAGUCGAGAUGUGGGAAAUAUGGAUCUUUUAUCAUUUCGGGGUGUUUCUUUAGAGCCAGAACGGUUUUCUGUUCAUUGUGGGUUGGAAGGUAUAUACUUACCAGGCAGGAGAUGGUGGAAAAAGCUUGAAAUUAUUCAACCAUUAGAAAUCCGUUCUUUUGCUGCUGAGUGCAUUACAGAGGAUCUUAUUUGUGUCCAAAUAAAGAAUGUUGCACCAGCCCAUAUGCCAGAUAUUAUUAUUUUCUUGGAUGCAAUAACUAUUGUCUUUGGGGAAGCUUCUAAAGGAGGUCCAUCUUUAUCCCUCCCAAUUGCAAGUAUUGAGACGGGAAAUGGUCAUAGCCUACCCAAUCUUGUCCUCAGGAGAGGUGAGGAACAUUCUUUCAUUCUCAAACCAGCAUCUACACUAAACAGAGAUUUUAGGGGUAAUGGUCAGACAAGCUCAUUGCAACCACAUUCUAAGAUGAGUAUGAAAGCGCCUAAUAUGCAUAUGAUAUCAAGAAUCAGUGAAAGGGGAAGUGUUCCUUCAAGUGCAGAUCAGUAUGCGAUUCUAGUAUCAUGUCACUGCAACUAUACUGAAUCAAAACUAUUUUUCAAGCAGCUGACAGAUUGGCGACCCCGCAUUGCAAGAGACCUCAUGAUCACAGUAGCAUCAGAAUCAUAUCAACAAACUGUUAGACCAAAUGCAAGAGCACCCCAGCUUCCUGUUCAGGUGUUAACCCUAAAAGCUACAAAUUUAACAUCUGAAGAUCUUACACUAACUGUUCUUGCUCCAGAAUCAUCUACUUCCUCACCUUCCAUUUUAUCCUUGAACUCUUCACCAAAUACCCCAGUGAGCCCUUUUAUUGGUUUUCAUGAGUAUAUGGGAAGGAUGGGUGGGGAUAGACGCAGUAUUAGUAUGCACAGGCAGAGUUCAAUGCCUAUCACAAUAGAAUCUCAGAAAGUGAGUGAUGGUGGUGGAAUAAGAUCAAGCUCCCUUGAGCAUCGAACUGGUACAGUGUCUGAUGUGAUUUCAAGUGAUGACUCAGGCUGUACACAUCUAUGGUUGCAGAGUGCGGUACCUCUAGGAUGUGUUCCUGCACAUUCGAGCGCUACGGUCAAGCUUGAGUUGCUUCCGUUAACUGAUGGGAUUAUUACACUUGAUACACUUCAAAUAGAUGUCAAGGAGAAAGGUCUGACAUAUAUACCAGAGCAGUCCUUGAAGAUAUAUGCAACUUCCAGCAUUGCAACAGGGAUUUUGUAGUGCAUGUAACCCUGCUUUAUGCCCCUUCUUGUUUGUCUCAACUUUCUUCGUGGAUCAAAACGCUGCCUGCGAGGUUAUGUAUGAUAUUGGAAAGAUGGAGGUCCAUACCAUGAGAUUGUCGGCACCCAAUGGCGCCAUCUCUGCCUAUUUCAGGACCAAUGUGGAUUGAAGAAUGUUCGGCUUGAUUCCACAUUCGUAGCUGAUGACGUGGCUUAUAAUUCCAGUGUGACGACAUGGUUCUAAUGUCCAAAGAAGACCUGCAUUUAUUGCUGUACUUCAUCCACUUUACAGUGUCCUAUUCAGCUCUCCCAUAUUUGAGCAUGUGACAUUUGUAUGCUGUUCCUAUCAGGUGAUUGUGAUUGUUCUUCCUUGAAUCUCAGAAGAAAUCCAAGUUUACUGCUUACGUGGAUGCCAUUUAUUUUUUUCAUGUCCAGCGUGCUCCCAGAUUUUGCAUGUAUUGGUGGAAACUUCUUUUACCAUGACAUAUAUUUGAAUUCC